UGGGCAGAACCACACAGGCACGUCAAAAAGACUUGCAUCACAAUAUAGACUCAUGAGUGCUACAAAGAACGGUCAACCCGAAGAACCUAUUGCAGCAACAAAGACUCCAUUAGCUCUUCCUGCCACGGCUGAUUCCGACUCUGUCUCCUCCGCUGAGGUCAAUAGUUCUUUCAAGCUAAGUGAAUUGGGUCCGGUUGUUAUCAACGAAAAUGGAACCAUGUCUCGUAUCGAAAACUGGCACGAAAUGAACGAUAUCGAAAGAGCCAAUGUCAACCGGAUUCUACUGAAACGCAACAAAGCUCGGUUAGAAAAGCUCAAGAAGGAACGCGAGGGCGUGGUGGAAUAGAUGUGCAAUCAAUUAUUGUAUUAUUGUGUACAUGGCUAUAGCGAAAAACCUAGAUUGGAUUGCGUGUGGUUUAAACAGCGACAAUGGGAAAAGGAAAG